AAUUUAAGAUUCUCCUCCUACUAAUUUUGGUCCAAAUAUAAUGCACUGGCAUCACGACUAAUGCCUUGUAGCAGCUCUCAAAAUUACUUCACCAUUUGAUGGACAAUUCAUCUCUAAGAUGGUUUUCAAGAAUGGGAGAGGCUGGAGCCUAUUACUCAAAUGAGAAGAAAUCUGUUGACGAUUUCACCACUCAAAAAUCCACUAUUUCAGAGGAUGGAGAAAUUAGAGAACUAUCUCUAUCUCCAGAUAGUUCUCAUCGUUCUAAUUAUUUCAAACAGGAAAACAAAAGUAAAGUCAGCAAGUUCGAUUUUUCCCUCAUUACCCCUUUGGAAAAUCAGCCCAAAAUGAAUAGUAAUAUGCUUUCUUUUACGCAUAAUAUGUAUUCUGAUCACCAAGUCUGUAAAAUAGAAGCAGUAGAUGAGAUGUACUUGCGUGAUUCAGAUCACAAGUAUUUUCAAUUUCUCAAGUCUAAAAGUGGCUACGAUCAAAAGGAUAGCCUAGCCAAGAAACUGGGACAGGGUCAGAAAAGAGAGAGAUUUCUUUCAGUUGAUCAAGAUCAUAUUAUUGCAGAGAGGAAACGCCGAGAAAAACUUAGCCAGAGAUUCGUUACACUUUCAGCCAUUCUUCCAGGUCUUAAAAAGGUGGACAAAGCUUCAAUUCUUGAACAAGCAAUCAGACAUGUGAAAGAGCUUAAGGAAAAGGUGAAACAAUUGGAAGAAGAGGAAAAGACAAGGUCCCUGGAAUCAGUUAUGUUUGUGAAUAAAUCUCAGCUGGAAGAAGAUGAUCAUUCCUCUUCUUCAUCUGAUGAAAACAAUCAUAGCUCCUCUGUCGACGCAGAUAUUGAAGUAAGAUUCUCAGAUAAGAAUGUAUUGAUCAGAAUAACCUGUGAGAGGCACAAUGCCUUCGUCCUUAACAUCCAUAACGAAAUAGAGAAGCUUCAUCUUUCUAUUGUUCAAAGCUCUAUGAUGCCAUUUGGGAAACAGGCCAUUGAUGUCACUCUUGUCGCUCAGAUGGAGGACAGUUUCUGCAUGACGCUAAAGGAUCUUAUGAAGCAUGUUCGAAUGGUCACUGCGAGGCUAAUGACCCAAGCAUAAUUAACUUUUCUGUAAUAUCAGAAAAUCUUGGAGAAGCAAAGAGAGUUUGGGAUUUUCCUUCACAUAUUUUGUGUGAUAGAUUUGCUACCAUUCACCUUCUUUGGUUUGUAAGAAAUGCUUAUCUCCUCGGCUACAUAAAGCUUAUUUCAAAGUGAACUUAUUAAAGUAGAAUAUCCUACGUUAAGUAAACACUGUUAUGUGUGUCUAUACAUAAGUAAAGGCCUUACUUUAAAAUAAAAAAAAAAGACAGCGAGAGAAAGAGCCGACUUGUUAUGUAUCACACAGUAAAAUUACUUCAUUCGAAAUUUCCAUACUAUAAUUCUUGAUUCGUGUACGAUUUCCAUA